AUGCUGCAGAAUGCACUAAUGGGGAUGAAGAGGGGGAGAGGUGCUUUGACUAAUUAUCGGCCUAACCCGUACAGUUUAGUAUCUUUUGCGUCUACGUUAACGUUCUUUUCGAUUAUUUUAGGUAUAAAGUGGGUUAUUUUAAUAUACGUCCUGUACUACAUAACUGCGUGUAAGAAGGUUAUCCUGUACUACCAGGCUACAGAGAGCAAUGGUUUUAUUGUUUCAAAGCUGAAGGGUCUUGAGAAAGUGUUUUAUCCGCAUAUUUUAUGGAUUCUUCCGCAGAUUCAGACUGUGUCGUACUUUGUACGCACGCCAUUACAGCAGAGGCAUACACAAAUAGAAAUAACACAGGAUGAUGGAGGGUCUUUUGUGAUUAUGGUGUACGAACCAGAAGUACUUGCCACGCAUACGGUUAUUGUACUGCACGGUCUUGGUGGGUCGGCUAAUUCAAAGAAUGUACGGAUACUUGCCUCACACCUUAUUAAGGAGGGGUACAGAGUGAUCGGGCUGAGUGCCCGGGGGACUAUUAAAAAGCUUAAAACCCCGGUGUUCUUCCAUAUAGGGUGGAAUAAGGAUUUAGUCACUACGUUUAAGUACGCCCUGAGCACGUACACUGGGAGUGUCUCUGGUGUAGGGUUUAGCAUGGGCGGUCACUGGCUGACAAAAACCUUUGGUGAGAUGGACGUGCACUUUACAGAAGAUGAAAUAUCCAGGAUAAAAGGGGGCAUGGCAAUUUCGAUCCCCUUUGAUUUUGUAAAGAUAUCUGAGUAUAUGCAGAAACCAAUCCCCAGGCGGAUAUACAACCGAGAAUUCGCCAGGAAGAUCCAUAAAUUCAUACAAAGGAACAGAGACGUAUUUGAAGAGAAUGGGUACCCAGUGGAUAAAUUACUAAAAAUGAACACGAUGCAUGAAUUAGACGUAGCACUUACUUCUAAAGUAUUCGGUAUCACAGACCUACAGGAAUAUUAUCAUAAAGAGUCCUGUGUAAAUGUUAUUCAUAAGAUUAGGAAGCCAUUCUUUAUACUGAAUUCAAAGGACGACCCAAUUGUCCCGCAUUAUACAAUACCCAUAAAGGAGUGCAUGCAAAGUACUCAUGUUAUACUCGGGCUAACUGAGCGGGGUGGGCACAUGGGCUUCCUGGGGUACUCAAACCAUAAAAGUUAUGCAGAAGAUGCAGCAAUUGAAUUUAUUUCGGUUAUAUCUGCACUAUAAAGGGAA